CUUAAUAUUGUUUACUUCUACAGGUACCAAGGCGCAGUCUUAAUGUUAACAUACUUUACCUAUAUGACAUACCAUUUGACGCGAAAGCCCAUAUCCGUGGUGAAGAGCAUACUUCAUCAGAACUGCAGCGGGCUGGUGCCUCCGCCAGGCACCGACACCACAGAUGACCAAUGGUGUAAUUGGGCCCCAUUCAAUACCAGUGACGCGAACACUCUACUCGGUGCAUUAGACUCGGCUUUUCUGUUCUCCUACGCGGGAGCCAUGUUUAUUUCUGGUAUGGUGGCAGAGCGAGUGGAUUUGCGAUACUUCCUGUCGCUGGGUAUGCUGGUCUCCGCCAUCUUCUGCUAUCUGUUCGGCCUCGGGAAGACCCUCAGUAUACACUCCAUUUCAUUUUAUUUGUUAGUCCAGGCUGGAGCUGGUAUAGCUCAAACAACAGGGUGGCCAGGCACCGUGGCCACUGUUGGUAAAUGGUUCGGGAAUAGCAAGAAAGGCUUAAUUUUCGGUAUCUGGAACUCUCAUACCUCUUUAGGAAAUAUUUUAGGUACAGUAAUGGCGGCAGAAUUCGUGGAAGCCGAUUGGGCGUUGUCUUUUAUCUAUCCAGCGCUGGGCAUGGGAUUUGUGGGCACCCUAGUCUGGUUGUUUUUACCGUCGGAACCGAGACACGUGGGAUUGGUGAUAUCACCACAUGCUGAGUCCAGACAUUCCCGAAGGUCUGAAGAUGAAGAUGAACCAUCUCAAGUUAUCGUUGGAGAUCAGGCGGCGAGCUUGCGUCCCAACAGACACUCUGCAAACGCACCACCGCCUCAGAGUGACGAAGCAGACGAGAGCACCGCCCUCUUAAGAAGGCCGUCGCGGGAGGGAGGCGAGAGUGCGGUGUCUCUUUCCCGCGCGCUGGCAAUCCCCGGAGUACUAGAAUUCUCCCUCUCUCUCUUCUUUGCGAAACUCGUCAGUUACACCUUCUUAUAUUGGCUGCCGCUCUACAUCAACACUUCAACGUCGCUGACGCCGAAGCAGUCGGGCGAGCUGUCGACGGCGUUCGACGUGGGCGGCGUGGCGGGCGCCGUGCUGGCCGGCCUGCUGGCGGACGCGGCCGGCUGCCCCGCGCUCGUCUGCGCCGCCUUCUACACGCUCUGCGCGCCCGUAUUGCUGCUGUACCAGCGCUGGGGCGCGGUGUCGUACGCGCUGAACGUGUCGCUGCUAGUGCUGGCCGGCGUGCUCGUCAACGGGCCCUACGCACUCAUCACCACCGCCGUCAGCGCCGACCUGGGUACUCACAGCAGCCUGGCGGGCGACGCCAAGGCGCUGGCCACCGUCACCGCCAUCAUUGACGGCACUGGCAGCAUCGGCGCGGCGGUGGGCCCCAUGCUGGCGGGCGUGGUCUCCUCCAGCGGCUCCUGGUCGCACGUCUUCUACAUGCUCAUCUCCUGCGACCUGCUCGCGCUCUGUCUGCUGCUCAGGAUAGUAAAAUCUGAAGUAUUAAAACUACGACAGGAAAGAAGACUUACGUCUCCCAGAAUAAUAAGAACAGAGUAAUCAAGUAUUAUUUUAGUUAAUUCUACACCAGUAUUGGGAAAACUUUUCAAAUAUAACGCCCUACGGUGCUAUAACAUAUCUAUUUUCUUUCCGAUAAAUGAGUUCCUAUAUUUUUUAAAUAUUUUCAUAGAAAAAGAUUGUCAAUAAGUGAUUAGUAAAAAAAGGUGUUUUAUUUAGUGAAUCCGAAUGCAAUAUUUUUUUAAUAUCUACGAGUGUUCGAAAGUAAGUAACCUAACGCAUCUACCAGUAAAGAUAUUCAAUAUAAAUAGAGUGGGUAUUACGAGCAUUUUCCUUAAAUCUUGUCAUUUUAAAAUCGAAUAAAACACCGCUAACUGUCAAAUUUCAUAAACUCCCAAUAGUAGAGUUUUAAGCGUUUCGAUUCGUAGUGUCCCUUCUAUUUAUAUGUUAAAUAUCUUUGUUACCAGGAUUUUUUUAUAGUCAACAAUUCUAGGAAACUUGUACCCGACUCUCAAAAGUAUCGAUUCGUCUAAUUUUUCGUUAUUGGCAACAUUUGGAUAAAACUUACAUUUGAUGUGAAAAAUAUAAUUAUUUUUAUAUUUCAAGAUUUAUAUUAGAAUCCAUUCCACGUCUGCAUUUUGUAAAAUAUUCCCAAUUUUAAUGUAGUUUAUUUAUUUUUCUAGACAAUUUUCUUGUACAGAUAACUAAUAUUGAAAUCAGGGUUUAAAGAUCUGUAUAACAAUUUAAUUUUUUAUUUAUGUAUUUAUUCGUAAUUUUAUUAUUAUUUAUGUAAACUGCCAUUAAUUUAAAGAAUUCUUUUAUAGGUAUGCAUAUUACGUUAACAAUAUGAAAAUAUAGUUAGAUUUUUAUCAAUUCUAACUGAAACAUUUACUUUCAAACUACGCCAUGACUUCUACAGAUUAAAAAAAUUCCUCACAUAGAAAAUUCGAUUUGUUAUUAAACUAGAAUAAGGGGUAUUAAAUUCUAUUUCGUGUUUCGUUACUCAACAAUCAACAUAGAUAAUUAAAAGUGUGACAAUGUGUAAAUCGGUCCAACCGUGUACUUAGUAAUCUGUGUAUUUAUGUACAAAUGACAUGUAUAGAUUAAAAUAAAGUUAAUAAUAAAUUAA